UGAUACUUGAGCUGAGGCUCUAUCGGAAAUAACCUCUCUAUCUCUACGAGGUAGGGGUGAGGUCUACGUACACUCUACCUACUCCACCUUCUCCAGACCCCACUUGUGGGAUUACACUAGCCCUGUUUAGUGAAGAUGAGAAGUGGUAUUCCUAUUAUUGUCAUGCGAAUUGUCAAUCUUAGUCCUUUAAGUUGUCAAUAGUAAGCCUUUUUCCUCAUCGUCAUAUAUAUUAUGAAGAUUUAUUUAUCAAAAGCUCAUAUCUUAGAGGUGCAAUUUUUAUAGUUGAUAUUAUUUUUGAUUUAUAUCUAGCGUCUAGCGUCGAUUUUAAAGGUUGCAUAAUUCUUAUUAUUUUAUCCCCUCACUUCAUUCUAUCUACACUUGUAUACACUCUAAAGAGUUAGCAUGAUCCUUUCUUUGUCUUUAAGUAUAUGAUCUACAAUCACAUUAAGUGACUUUUUUUUUUAACACUUUUUAAUAAGGCAUCUCUAUCUUUUUAAAGCAAUUCUAAUAGAGACAGGAUUUCUUAAAUACUUAAGAAGACUAAACUUUCACUUUUUCUAACUUAUAAGACUUAAAACGGUUUUAAAAUAUAUUAAAGGGACUAAUUUCUUAAUUUUUACUUACUCCAUAUUUGUCUUUCCACAACUUUAAAUGAACUUUCUCCCUUACCUUUUUCACACUCCACAUCCAUUUCUCAAACAGUCUUUCCUUAGUUCCUAUCGAUCGGUUCAGCGUUAAGAUGAAUCGGAUUCAGUUCUUUGUCCGUUUAUUUUCUGGUGGAAAAACUCUAGUUGUUCAAGCCGAUUCGACGGAUUCAGUGGAAGUAAUUCACGAGAAAAUCAGUUUGAUGACCGGAAUUCCCACAUCUGUCCAGCGCUUAAUUUACCAGGGCAAACAGCUUCAAGUAGACCAGACAAUAUCGGAUUGUGGAAUUAACAUGGAAUCCAACUUGCAACUCGUCGGCCGAUUGAGGAGCACAAAGUAUUCUCACGCUUGGAAGCUCAUGAAUGAAUUGUCUUCAUUAAUUUGGGGAUUUUGCAAAAGCGAAUUCUGUUUGAUUCAGAAUGACAAGGAUCAUCUAGAAAAUGUGCUCAUACAGAUUUUGAUUAUGAUUCCUCAUGACAUUGAUGAAGCCUCUGAAUACCUUGAAAUUUUUAUUUCAUCCUCUGUUCCAGCAGCUCUGGUAAUGCUUUAUACGUCUUCAUAUCUAGACAAUAAAAUUGUUGCUGAUAAAUGUAUUCGUCAAAUUAUAAAUUCAUUUGACAGUGAGUCCCUUACACCAAUGUAUAGUACAUAUGCUAUCAUCUUAGAAUUUUGUAAGAGUUUGAGAGAGGCUGGGAUUGAAGAUGAUUUGUAUAUCUUUUGUCGGAGUAGCCUCCGUGAUAUCAUAGACCUCGUAGGAAUCGCAAGGUGCGAGGCUGAUACAAAGAAGUUCAUAUCAUUGCAGGAUGUUUUACCAUUUGUUCGUGAGAUAGCUGUUAAAUUACACCAUAACUUAAAUUUGACUAUGGGAUCAACUCCUUUGUCAUUAUCGUGUAGCCUUGUGCAUGAUUUUGCUGCUUUUAUGUUUCCAGUGCGGAAUGCCAUAUGGUUUCAAGUACCAUUUGGCUCUACAAUAACUUUUCCGUUGAUGGAGAAUGACACCGAUGACGCAGAGUAUUACAGAGAGAGUAUUAAGUGUUUAUAUUGUUCUUUCCGUGGUUUGCUAGAAGCAACGUUGUCGUCUUUAGGGCUUUUGGAAACCCGGUUGGGUUUGAAAGAGGAAGUAGAAGAUGUGCAAGUUGUACAAUGGUGGUCUUUGUAUCUUACACUUCUAAAGGAGUUAAACAAUAUCUCAAAACUGUAUACAGGCAUGGAGAAUGUGUUUUGGCAAAAGAUGAGGCAAGUAAAGGCUUCAUUGUGCUUUUUGGUAGUUAAGUUUGCAACCAAAUUAGAAGAUUAUGGAUGGCUUUUCGAGCACAAGGAGGUACUGAGUUUUGAGGGACGGAGACAUUUGGCAAUAAUGAUGCUUCCAGAAGUUAUAGACGGCGGGGGGCUGUACAGCAUGUUCAUUGACAGGUCUCAAUUGCUGGAAAGUUCGUUUGAGUACAUUAUAACUGCAACUCGUAAGAAUCUGCAUGGUUGUUUGUUUAUUAAAUUCAAACAUGAAGAAGCUACUGGGCCUGGUGUGUUGAGGGAGUGGUUUUUAUUGGUAUGCCAAGCGAUGUUUAACCCUCAGAAUGCUCUCUUUGUUGCUUGCCCAAAUGAUCGUAGAAGGUUUUUUCCAAAUUCAGCAUCUAAGGUUAAACCAUUACACCUUGAUUACUUCUGGUUCUCUGGUAGGAUGAUUGCGUUGACUUUAACGCAUAAAAUACAAAUCGGUAUUGUGUUUGAUCGCACCUUCUAUUUGCAAUUGGCUGGGCAAGACAUAACGUUGGAAGAUGUUAGGGAUGCGGAUCCACCCUUUUACAAGAGCUGUAAGGAAAUACUAGAAAUGGAUCCAGAGAUGUUGGACGGAGAUAAUCUAGGCUUGAGGUUCAUUUGUGAUGUUGAGUCGUUGGGCUCUAAGAAAGAGAUCGAGCUUUGUCCCAAUGGGAAAGAUACCAUUGUGGACAGUAAGAAUCGGGAUGAAUAUAUUAAUCUUCUUAUUGAACAUUACUUUGUAACAUCAGUUGCAGAUCAGGUUGCGUGUUUUGCCAAUGGUUUUGCGGAUGUUACAAUCACAUCAGAGCACCAGCCCUUUUUCCGGUGUCUUAAUCUUGAGGAACUCGACUUAAUGCUUGAUGGUAGUGGAAAUGAUAUUUCUGUUGAAGAUUGGAAAGCACAUACUGAUUACUCUGGCUACAACAAAAGUGAUUGUCAAAUAUCCUGGUUCUGGAAGAUAGUCGAGUGUAUGUCUGUUGAGCAGAGAAACGUGCUCCUCUUCUUCUGGACUUCAAUCAAGUUUCUGCCUCCUGAUGGUUUUGCUGGUUUGGGCUCAAGGCUUAAGAUCCACAAAAGCUCGGCACCUUCUGAUCACUUGCCUACUUCACAAACCUGCUUCUACUCCUUGCGUUUUCCUCCUUAUAAGUCCGAGUCUAUCAUGCAAGAUCGACUCCACAUGAUUACUCAAGAACACAUUGGUUGCAGCUUUGGUUCCUCCUGAUCGAUCAGAGGCAAAUUCAGCAUUUGAAGCUUAUAAUGUUCAAGAUCUACAAAGUAAGCAAAAACUAAUAAUCAGAUCUUUCUAUAACUUUCUAUAGAAUCGAUCUCUCAAUUUAUGUUAUAUUAUACUCCUAUGUUUUUUUUUUAUUAUAACAAUAUUCCGCUAUAGUAGCCAAGGGAACAAACAAUGUUGUUGGCAUCAUGUUUGAAUCUGCUAUAUGUUCAGCAGAACUCAAUAAUUUUGGUUUAUAAUAAUAUUCUGCUAUAGUAGCCAAGGGAACAAAC